AUUGUAAAAAAUUUGAUAAUAUAUAAUUUUUAUAAAAUAAUUUCGGUUUUUUUUGGGUACCCCCUCGUAUUCUAUGUGGCAAGGCAUGCAAUACAAGAUGCAUUGAAAAUCAUUAUGCACAUCAAGCCAGAUGUUAUCGAGGAAGCUUAACUGGAUAACAAAUGUCUUAAAACAAUCCUGAGGUCAUUGAUAGGCCUUAGUAGAAUCUCCAUCUCUACUCUAUAAUCAGUUUCAGAGUUAGAAACUUCUGUGCUCUGUGUGGAAUCCCAAACUGUGUAACAAAUAUUGUCCCACUGCAAUCAGACCUAUGUGUCUAUGUGGUCUCAGCAGGAGUAUAACCAGUCACCCUUACAUCUGGGAUCUUCUUAAGCAUCUGUGAGAAAUCCCAGCUCUCACACACUAUCCUGUCUCACUGCAAUUAGAACAUUAACUUGUGAUCUGUAAUCAGACACAUUUCUUUAUUGGACAACAUUCAUAAACUGUUUGGGUAUUAAUAAUAUGAAAACACUCAAUUUUUGUUUUCUCUGUGUCAAUACCAAUGACAACUUUUUUAUACAAAGUGGACAGUUAAAAUCCUUUCAGUUAAAUGAAAGAUUGUACACUCAAUCUCUUUACAACCUAACAUUCUUUACUGGUUCUUAUAGGAACAGAGGUCAAUAAAUUAUAGGAUGAUAAAAUAACGUAUUUACAGUUAAACAUGAGCAUCAAUAUCUACUAAGUCUGACUGAAUUAGCUAUUUUAUGAAACUGAUUUUAAAUUAUCAUAGUCUAUGAUGCCUGGACUUUGAUGGCCGGAAUUUGAAACCUCAGGAUAUAUGACUGAAUUUUCUUGACUUAGUGUUAUGGCUUUACUAUACUUUCAUGUACAUGAUAUUUCUCCAGAUUGUCACUUUGGGUGCAGCAGUUUAAGUGGUAGUACAUUGUGAAAUUAAUUUGAGAAAACAAUUCUUGUUAAAAUGUUGAAAUUUUAAACUGUGUUUUUCCAAAUACAAAUGGACACUGAAAUUCAAUAAUGGAUUACUAACUUACUACAAGUAAAUAAAUGUUAUUUUAAUUGUGUUGAUAAAAGUGUUGUAUUUAGAAUUCAGGUGAACUCAUCUUAUCACUUCAGUAUAUAUGAAUAAAAUAUAAUCUUAAAUAUAAUUAAUCUUCUGUAUAUAUGAAAUGAAUUCUCUUAUAGAGAGCUACUUGUUUGAUAUAUUAAUUAAGAUCCCAGAUAUUUGAUUAGUCUUAUUAUUUUGCCCCACAACCUAUUUUAAGUGAGAAUUAAUUCUUCAAAAACUAAAAUGAUACGUUCCCAUCCAGACAAUAUUUCCUUUCCUAAUAGAGAACAUUAUGACUUUUCUGCCACGUACUUGAGGAAAUUGCUUGAUGCAUCUUAACAAAUUACUGUAUAUUUUGGAAUAUUCAUUGUACAUGAUUAUAAUUAUAGUUAUAUGCACAUGAAGUAAGAAUUUUGGCAUACUUUAGAACUAACCAAAAUUAUGGAAAUAUAUAAAGGUUUAUACAAACGAUACAAUACGAAAAAUCAUUUAAACUUUAUUAUACAGCACUUGAUGUUGAAACCAUUAUGUACUAUGACCUGAAUUAUGAUAUAGACAUAAUGUAGAUAGCAUGGUAUACAACACAAUAACAUCAGGUCUCUUCAAAAUAAGCUUUCAUACUUAUAUUAGUAGAUUAAUCAUCUGAUAUUUGAAAAAAUUGAAAGUAAAUGAUGAAAUCAGAGAGUCUAUGACACAAUUUAUUGAAAGCUUUAAUCCGUUGUAAGAGUAAUAAUAAAGAACAGUCUCUUGAGUAAAUCCUCUAUAUCUAAUAAUGUUUUACAUUGUAGAUAAAAAAUAUAACAUUGAUAGAGAGUAUCAUUAAAAUACAACAGUGGUCAAUCAUUUAUAAUGUUUUGAAGGGUUUUUAUAGUUGGGGUUUUCUGUUGGAAAUAUAAAUAUAUUAAUAUUAAUUUUUUGAGUCAUAGUUUAUAGCAUCUAACAUUUAUCUUUUCAAUUGAAUAAUUUAUAUUUUACUGUGUUGCAUUGUCAUGACAAGGUUUUUUGAUAUCAGCUUUAGAGAAUAAUAGUCAAGUAAAAUAAAAAAUCAUGGGAAUGGAAGGAAAUUGGAAAAUUUCAGAAGGUGAGAAAAUUCAACUGAGACGAGAAAUUGGACUGUCAAAUGCAACAAAUCUUAUAUUAAAUCUGAUCAUUGGAUCUGGAAUAUUUGUGACUCCCGGAGUCGUUCUAUCACAGUCUGGAUCUCUUGGGAUGUCUUUGGUGGUUUGGCUCCUCUGUGGUCUCAUCUCUAUGCUAGGUGCUUUGGCUUUUGCAGAACUGAGCACUGUGGUGCCCAAAUCAGGUGGAAGCUAUUUGUAUUUCCAAACUGCUUUCAAAGAUCUUCACCCUUUUCUGGGCCCUCUCCCUGGCUUCAUCUUCAUCUGGAUCAUCCUGAUGAUAGUGGUGCCAGCUUGUUUGGCUAUACUCUCCAUACUGUUUGCAGACCAUGUCUACGAACCCUUCCGGACGUCAUUUAGUACAAACUUUCAUAAUGAUUAUGAAGGUUUAAUAAAGAAAAUAAUUGGAGCAGCUACUUUACUUGCAGUUGGAGGGAUCAAUUAUGCCAGUGUGAAGCUUUAUUUAAAAACUCAGGAUCUCGUAUCCUAUCUGAAGUUAUUUGGAUGUAUUUAUGUAAUUGUUGGAGGACUUUAUGUUUACACAUCAGGAAAUGCAAUUAAAGCAGAUUUUGGAUUUGAGGGAACAAAUUUAUCUUUGGAAUCUCUUGCAAUAGUGUUUUAUGGAGGUCUCUACAGCUACGAUGGUUGGAGCUGGGUGACCGGAGUGACAGAAGAAAUAAAGAAUCCUGAGAAAAAUGUAAUCCGUAGCAUUUUGGCUGGCCUGAUGGUGGUGACUCUUCUGUUUGUUGGGAUGAAUAUUGCGUACACAACAGCUCUUACAACCGAUGAGAUCAUUGGUGGCACUGCUGUCGCAGUGGAAUUUGGUGACCGCGUAUUUGGUCCCGGUAAAAUUAUCAUCUCUGCAGCCGUGGCCUUAAGUGCACUGGGAGCAGCAUUGUCAAUGAUAUUCUAUGCGUCAAGACUGGGCUAUGUGGCUGCCAGAGAGGGACAUAUGUGGGAGUUUAUGUGUUACAUUCACAGACAACGACUGACACCUGCACCCGCAGUUGUUUUGCAGGUAGUAUUAGGACUUGGCUACUAUUUCUUAGGUCGAGGAAUUGAAACUUUGAUAAACAUCUACACCUUCCUGAUGUGGAUAUUCUAUGGUCUGACAAUGGUAACUGUAUUUGUCCUCAGAUACCGGAUGCCAUCAGCUAACCGCCCUUUCAAGGUGCCGCUGGUAAUACCUGUUGUGAUAAUCGGUGUGUCAGUGUGCCUCUCUGUUAUCCCCAUACUGACUCAGCCUCCAACACAGUACAUCAUCUCUCUACUACUGACUGGCUUGGGUGUCCUAAUCUACUAUCCUUUUGUGUACAAAAGAACCAGGCUGCCAGGAUUGGAUGGAUGUCAGAGAGUGCUGCAGUCAUGGAUGGAUGUUGUGCCGGCUAAAGAAGAACCACCUCUAUAGAAUUUAACUUUACAGCAUAUCUCCACCACUUUCUGAGCUGUUCUUCUAUAAUAGCCAACCGGUUUCCAAGAUAUUAUACAAUGUCAAGUCUACUCUGCAUAUAAAAUUUGAGUAGCAUUACAAACAGUUUUAUUCAAUAACCAAACAAUAACGUACUAGAAAAGAUAUAUUUUGUUUUUGGAUCUGAAAUAAAUAAUUGUAAUGGUAUCUUGCUAGAUUUCAUUACACCUAAUUAUUGUAUGUCAUAUUGCUUUAGUUUUAUAUCUUAAUGAAUUUUUUUGAUAUACCUAAUUGCUCAUGUAAUUGCAUUGCUCCAAAUAUUGCAUCAUUUGCCAUAAAUAAGAUUUUAUAUUUUUUAAUAAUAAUGUUAAGAAUACAUAUUGUUAAUUGGUUAAAUAAUUGAUGAAAAAUAUUUAUUUAAAUUAAGUUUUCAUUAAUCUUGUUUUUCAAAAUCUAAUUUAAAAUUAAAACGUGUCCAUUAUUUAUUAGUAUAAUCCAGAGAUCACAAAGUGUGUAAUAUGCACUUAAUGGUACCACCAAUCAUCAUAUUUAUCAUUUCAGAAAAUAAAAUUUUAUUAUGCUCA